AUGGCCACCUUCGAUAACAAAGUUGUCAUCAUCACCGGCUGCAGCAGCGGCAUUGGCCUUGCUACCACUCUGCUAUUCCUCGACCGGCACGCGAAAGUCUUCGGCAUCGAUGUAUCGCCCUUCAAACACGAGAUUACUGAGGCACAGCAAAGCGCAUUCGGCUUCCACCAGACUGAUCUUACAGCACCAAAAGCGAGCGAAGAAGCUGUUGCGGCAUGCAUCGCCAAAUACGGACCGAAAAUCGACGUUCUCGUCAAUUGCGCGGGCAUCACUGAUGCCUGGUCGAGUGCCGAUACGCUGAAAGACUCGGAGUGGGAGCGCGUUAUGAUGAUCAACUUGACGGUUCCGGUCCGGCUCAUGACGGCUGUGCUGCCGUCGAUGAAGGAGCAUAAGGCGGGCGCUAUUGUCAAUGUUUGCAGCAAGGCGGGUAGCGCUGGCGCUGCUGCGGGCAUCGCUUAUACGACGAGCAAGCAUGGCCUAGUAUGUUUUGGGGAGUUCAUUGUAACUCUCGUGGCCUUUCCUGGCCGCCCUCUUUGUCGCGAUUCUUACAUCAAUCAGGUUGGCGCUACGAAGAAUGCCGCAUGGCGGUUCCAUACCGAAAACAUUCGCUGCAAUGCAGUUCUUCCUGGCGGCGUUCAUACCAAUAUCCACAAGUCGAUGAACAUGGAGUGCUUUGACCAGGCCGGUUACGCGGCUUUCUCGAGGCCCAUCUUUAUGCUGCACGUAGCCAAAGACGAAGAGGGACAGCCUAAGCCGGUUAUUGAACCCAACGAUGUUGCGCGUGGCAUUGCGUUUUUGGCGUCCGAUGAGGCGAAGAUGAUCAGCGGUGCUCUGUUGCCGGUGGAUGCUGCGUGGUCUACAAUAUGA